AGGUAAUCUUCCGUGAAGUCUUUCUGCAAGACGGUCUUUCCCGUGGUUUUACCAAAGAGCAGAACUACGUCGGUAGAGCAGCAAGACCGGAUGCGGAUGAUCCGGUCACAGUACGGGCAGAUAGAGAUGAUGGCGUUGGGAACAAUAUCCUGAGGAAAAACGUCCCCACCCCAUAGUUGUCAUGCAGAUUUGCAGCUACAGGAAGAUUUGUAAUGCGCAACCCCAUGAGAGCCAUUUCCAAUCGUGUUUUGGACUUUGUGAUGCUGUAAGCAGGAUGAGUAGAUGGAUUUGUCUUGCGGCUGUACUUGCUAAACCGCACGACACUACAGAGAGGAACUUGUCAUGCUUGAUUCCCAAAGCUGCUCGAUUUGUGUUGCGAGAUCCCCAUCUUGACUAUGGGGUGGGGACGUUUUUACGCAGGAUAAACGAGCGUGUGGAAUUUCUAGCGCAGAAUGACGACGACAAGGAGGCGCCUUUCGUGGCGCAGGAAGGGGGG